ACAUUUUGGUUUUGCGAUUCUCGAAUUCGAUCUCAUAGUGAACAAGUAAUAGUGAAAUUCGAGUCAUCGAAGCUUCGCCGGAGGAAUAAUCGGCGGCGUGGGGGGCAUUUCCGCAGGGCGAUGGAGAUCCAUGGCUCCGGGCUCCGGCGAAUUUUGUUAUUGGCUUUGUGCGUCUCCGGGAUCUGGUCCGCCUACAUCUACCAAGGCGUUCUUCAGGAAACUCUGUCCACAAAGAGAUUCGGUCCAGAUGAGAAGAGGUUCGAGCACCUCGCAUUCUUGAACUUGGCUCAAAGUGUGGUCUGCUUGGUCUGGUCUUAUAUAAUGAUUAAGCUCUGGUCAAACGCCGGUAACGGUGGAGCGCCAUGGUGGACUUAUUGGAGUGCCGGCAUUACUAAUACGAUUGGUCCUGCCAUGGGAAUUGAAGCCUUGAAGUACAUCAGUUAUCCAGCUCAGGUCCUGGCAAAAUCUUCGAAGAUGAUUCCAGUUAUGCUAAUGGGAACUUUAGUUUAUGGAAUAAGAUACACUUUCCCAGAGUACAUUUGCACCUUUCUUGUCGCGGGAGGAGUAGCCAUCUUUGCUCUUCUUAAGACAAGCUCUAAGACAAUUAGCAAGCUAGCACAUCCAAAUGCACCACUCGGCUACGCACUUUGCUUCUUAAACCUCGCCUUUGACGGAUUCACAAACGCCACCCAAGACUCCAUUGCCGCAAGGUACCCGAAAACCGAAGCUUGGGACAUAAUGCUAGGAAUGAACUUAUGGGGCACAAUAUACAAUAUGAUAUACAUGUUUGCAUUACCACAAGGGAUCGGAUUCGAAGCGUAUCAGUUCUGUAAGCAACACCCGGAAGCUGCAUGGGACAUUCUGAAAUACUGUCUAUGCGGUGCCGUGGGACAAAACUUCAUCUUUAUGACAAUUAGUAACUUCGGGUCACUAGCUAACACGACCAUAACCACGACCAGGAAGUUUGUUAGCAUCGUUGUCUCAUCGGUAAUGAGCGGAAAUCCAUUGUCGAUGAGGCAAUGGGGAUGUGUUUCAAUGGUGUUUGGUGGUUUGUCGUAUCAGAUUUUCCUUAAAUGGAAGAAGUCGAAAAGAGUGGAGAAGAAGAAGCAAAAGAGUUGAAGAAAGAGUGAAGAACGGCUCUGUUUUUUUCAUAUCUCUAAAUUAUUUUUUCUAGAUUUUUUUGUAGUUGUUUGUGUUGAGUCAACCGAAACAUAUAAAGAAAAUCUCAAACCAGAUUAGUCAACUGUAUAACUAGUGAUUAGCAGACAUACCGAAACCAGUGAUUAACGUAUGGUAUAUAAUUUUUUAUUAUUAAUUAA